AUGGCGGCGGCGCGCGGGUGGCGGCGGCGGGCGCUGCGGCUGCUGACGGCGGGCGGCGGCGUCCUGCUGACGCGGUUCCCGUUCUGGCACUGCUUCAGCGGGCUGCUGCUGUGCGCCGAGCGCGCCGACGGCCGCCGGAAGCCCGACAUCCCCAUCCCCUACCUGUACGUGGACAUGGGGGUGGCCGUGCUCUGCGCCAGCUUCAUGUCCUUCGGCGUCAAGCGCCGCUGGUUCGCCCUGGGCGCCGCCCUGCAGCUCGCCGUGGCCACCUACGCGGCCCACGUCGGCGGCCACGUGCACUACGGCGACUGGCUGAAGGUGCGGAUGUACUCCCGGACCGUCGCCAUCAUCGGCGGCUUCCUCAUCCUGGCCAGCGGCGCGGGCGAGCUCUAUCGGCAGAAGCCGCGGAGCCGCUCCCUGCAGUCCACGGGCCAAGUCUUCCUGGGCAUCUACCUCAUCUGCCAGGCCUACUCGCUGCAGCACAGCAAGGAGGACCGCCUGGCCUACCUGAACCACAUCCUGGGCGGCGAGCUCACCCUCCAGCUGCUCUUCGUCCUCUACGGGCUGCUCGCCUUGGCCUUCCUCUCGGGCUACUACGUCCGCGCGGCGGCGCAGGUCCUCGCCGUGCUGCUGCCCCUCGCCAUCCUGCUCAUCGACGGCAACAUCGGCUACUGGCACGACUCGCGCCGCGUCGAGUUCUGGAACCAGAUGAAGCUCAUCGGGCAGAACGUGGGCAUUUUCGGGGCCGUCGUCAUCCUGGCCACGGACGGCUGAGCGGG